GCGUGCCUUGGCCUAGUCGCUCUUUCAUGAUACCCAACGUCAAGCUAGACAAAUUUGUCUCUAAUACCACUAACCUACAACGCCCAGCUCCUCCUAGGCCUGUUCCAACCAAUUCUCGAAAAUUCAAUUCCCGUGAUGCCCGCAAUCGCCCAAAGGAUACUCCACUGCCAUCCCCAAACAGAUCAACCAGCUCAUCCUUAAUAUCAAACCCUGAAUUUCCCCCUUCUGGUCCAGCUCAUUAUGCCGCUCGUCGGGCUCUCUGGCUCACUCCCACGAAAGUCCAUCACCGCUCUCCUCCAUCCUCGUCUCGUCAGAGAUUAGAGCAGCUUCUUAGUGAGCCAGGUGCCGUCAAUAAUGAACAAGCUUGGAAGGAUGGGAUUGAGAAAGUCUGGAAGGGUCUUGUAAAUGGCGGUCGUUUGAAACGCAGCCUUCCCCUAACUCUCGUAAUUAAAGUCAUCCACGCUGGUUGGCUCAGAGAUCCUGAUACUUGGCCUUCUGGCGCAGUAGCCCCAGAUUCAGAUCAGGAUCCUGCAGCAGACCAGCCUGGACAUUCACCAGUGCCUCCAGUUACCAUGAACCUUAACUCUCCCAAUACUACCUCUCAGGGAGUGCCAACUGAAGUCAAUGAAAUAAACCCUUCUGGACUUGUAAUAGCUGCAACCUAAGUGUACGAGUGUUGUAUCUUGGAAUGAAUCGCUUCAUGUAUUACCCACUCUUCG